AUGUCUUGGUCCACGCUUUUAGAAAGCAUAUUUGACGGUUAUGACAAAAAGCUUCCGCCUAAUAGUGAUAAAGAUGGCAUAGAAAAGCAAGUACAGGUGACAGUUAACAUGUACAUUAACUCCAUGUUUUCCAUCAGUGAGAUGAAUAUGGAUUAUUCAAUGAGCGUGUUCCUCAGGGAGCGCUGGAUAGACGAUCGUUUGCGAUAUGAUGACACACUCAACAUUACACGACUUAUUCUGGAUAAUACGCUUUUUGAGAGUGUAUGGAUGCCAGACAUGUACAUUUUGAAUGAGAAAAAGUCCGACUACCAUGAAGUUAUGGUCAGCAAUAAACUGAUACAUAUCUACCCGGACGGUACCAUUCAGCAUAGUGCUAGGGUGACUGGAACAUUUUCAUGCCUGAUGCACUUACAGAAAUAUCCAUUCGAUACACAGUACUGCAAAUUUGAAGUUGAAAGUUACGGACACAGUACAGAGGAUUUGAGGUUCAUCUGGAGCGAGAACGCUGUAUCGAUGGCCAAAGAUAUAGAGUUUCCACAGUUUUCAAUCACUGAGAUCAAAUCCAACAGCUGUGAAAAGGAUUACUAUGGAAUCAUAUACCCCUGUAUUGGUGUGACUAUUGUCUUGGAAAGGAACUAUGCCUACUAUAUCAUACAAAUCUACGUACCGUGUUUCCUUAUUGUAAUGCUUUCGUGGGUCAGUUUUUGGUUGGAUCCAACAUCUGUCCCCGCUAGAAUAUCACUUGGUCUUUUGACUGUCCUCACCAUGACCACACAGAGCUCAGGUGCAAGAGCAAAUCUUCCACGUGUUUCGUAUGUUAAGGCAAUUGAUGUGUACAUGGCAACCUGUCUUACAUUCGUUUUCCUUGCACUGCUAGAGUUUGCUUUUGUCAAUAUGUUGACAAGGGGUGAUCCUGAACGACCAAAGGACGAGAGAAGAGAUAAAGAGAAGAAAGAAAGCAAACUCACAACGAUUGGUUCUCGAAAGAGCAUAAAGGUUUGCCCUGAAGUUCAGUCUAACGACGAAGCGCAGUCUGUACUAAUAGUAAAUUAUUCAGGAACAAAAAGACAAUUCAGUAUUUUUACUAAGACAAUGAAAACCAUCACAGGUGCAACGGUUGUGUAUUCUAGCAUUAUGUUGCUGGUUCUGACAGCCACUGUAAACGUUUGCAGCAGUAUCAACGUUACAAUGUCGACUAUAUUGGAUGACAUAUUUACAGGCUAUGACAAAAAACUACCACCAAAAUUCAACACAGUCGGACCAGACCAACAGAUUGCAGUUGUGGUCAAUCUUUUUGUCAAUUCAAUGUUUUCUAUCAGGGAAGCAAAUAUGGACUAUUCCAUGAGCAUAUUUUUGAGGGAGCGUUGGGUAGAUGAGAGGUUAAAGUAUACUGAUGUACUCAAUCUUUCACGACUUGAGUUAGAUAGUUCAAUGUUUGGCGACAUAUGGAUGCCUGAUUUGUACAUUGUCAACGAGAAGGAAUCGGAUUAUCAUGAAGUGACAAUACCAAACAAGAUGGUCCAUAUAUAUCCGGAUGGUACAGUACAAUUUAGUGCCAGGGUUACCGGAAUAUUUUCGUGUCGAAUGUAUCUGCAUAAAUAUCCAUUUGAUACACAGACUUGUCGUCUAGAUGUGGAAAGCUAUGGCCACAGUACUAACAAUCUGAAGUUUGAAUGGGAUUCAAAGGCAGUUACGGUAGCAAACGACAUACUUCUCCCGAAUGUCUUUAUAAAGAGCAUUAACUCGUACAACUGCGAUAAAGACUACUUCGGAAUUGUUUAUCCGUGCAUUGGAGUAACGUUCGUCUUCGUCAGGAAUUUCGAGUACUAUAUUUUACAAAUAUAUCUUCCAAGCAUUUUAAUCGUCAUUCUGUCUUGGGUAAGCUUCUGGUUGGACUGCACAGCUGUACCUGCUCGUAUAUCGCUAGGACUUUUGACGGUACUUACCAUGACCACACAGAGCUCGACUGUUACAGAACAUUUGCCGCGCGUUUCAUAUCUGAAGGCGAUUGACGUUUAUAUGGCAGCAUGUCUCACCUUCGUGUUCCUUGGUCUGGUAGAGUUUGCAUACGUUAAUGUGCUAACACGUGUUGAACGACGACGCUUUAAAUCAAAACCAGCUGACCAGAAAGAAAAUGACCAGAAGGAAUUGAAUGGAAAUGCUGUGAAAGAAUCACUGAAACUACCUGCAAAAAAUGAUGACUCGGAAUCAAACAACCCACGUGGGUUUGAAAUACCAUGUUUUCAGCAACUGUCCAAUCUUGGACGCGCACGGAUGGUAGACAAGAUUUCACGUGUCAUGUUUCCACUGACAUUUGUAAUUUUUAACAUUGUGUACUGGUGUUUGUAUUUCUCUAUGGGUUAAGCUAUACUGAAAUAUAGAAUUGAAUUGGACAAAAUUACAAAGUACAACUCCGUGAAAGUGAAAGAAAAAGUUGUGUAGUAAUUUCAUAGCAUCGCUUGGAUUAUUUAACAAACAUCAAUCUGAUAUGAUUUGGAAAUAAGAAUUGUAUUUACAAAAAAAAAACUUUUAACUGAUGGAUAUGGCCAACCCUCUUGUGUUCGAUGAAUUUUUACCCCAUCCUUCGCUUUAAUUCGAAAUGACGUAUGCUUUCAAUUAUCUAUUUGUUACAUUCUGUUGAUUUUUGUGAAUUUUUAUUGUCAUUUAAAAUUUUAAGUAAUAAAAUGUGAAAAAUAGACACAAACCUAGCAACCAUAUGUUAAGUUCCAAGCUUUAAAACGAGUCUGCGGAUGUUUUUGUGUAAGCAGAUAAAAAUUGUUUUUAAUUAUGUUUUUUCGCUAUUUUUCGGGCAUUUUGAAAGAUAUUGUUGUUUGAUAUAAUAUACAGACAAACGACAAAGAUAAGACUUUAAAAUAGGGAAAAUCGUUUAAAAUCUUAUUGAUAUGACAGAUUGAUUUUGAAUAUUUUAUUACAUCAUUAAAAAGAACUUCAAUGUGUUAUAUCAUAACGUUAAUUAAAAGCUCUUUAUUUCUUUAUUUUUACUCUUUGACAUAUUUGAGGUUCAUUAAGGGUAUUUUAGUAAGCAAUAUACAAAGACCGUAUGUUUCAAAUAAUAGUCUGUAUUCCUGUUCGGUACUUAUUGUUCGUUCUCAAAUUUAUUUUACUGAUUUUAUAGGGCUGAUUCUGUACUUGAGGUAACGAUAGUUCGGUUUUACCAUGAAUACACCAUGUAAAUAGAUUUACAUUCAGAACGUAGGCUCCAUAAGGGGUUAUUUUUGUCUGGUUCAUUUUCUCGUAUUGCAACAUCUUAUUUAAAUCCCUGUAAAUGUAUAUAGGACGUCUUUUUAUGAUUUCUCAAAACAUUUAAUAACUUCAGGCUAAAGCAUACCAUCAUCUUAACAAAAGAAUAAGGCAUGCGCACUAAAUGUACUUUUUUUUGUAAAUACUUUGUAUUAUUUGUAACAGACUUUUUGGAACUAUCCAUUCAAUAAUUUGUCAUUAAUAAGUAUGACGUUUGCUGCCUUUCGAAGACAAUACAGCAGUUUGUAUGUUAAAGAUAUGAACGGAACUUCAGUCCAAGUGCCCAUGUUUUUGUUUUCUGAACUGCUUAGGCAUUGUAUACGUCAUAGUGUGUUUGGUAACUAUGCACUGACUAAUAAAAGUAUCUCAUAAGAUUGGUUUUGACAUUCGUAACUAUCAAAAUAACAUGUAAAUAAAGUUGUAAACAAAAUAUU